AUGAAGCCUUCAAUAUCUUCAUUUGACUCAGCAGAGAUAAAAAGUUUUCCUAUUUAUGAACCAGAGAACAUUUAUCGGAAUGUCGAUGCUGCUAAACCGUCAGUAAUGUUUCUUCACUCAUAUAAUGAGAGUCCUUUUAAUAUAACUAUCAGAGCUGUUAUUGGAGCUUAUUUGGAACGAGGAACAGAUAAUGUUUUGCUAUUAGACUGGACUGACUUGGCCAGCAGGCCUUACUGGCCACUAUUACCAAAAUUAAAAGACAUAUCUAGAUUUAUAAAAAAUUUUUACAUUACGCAAAAUCUAUUAUCAAGAUCAAUAUUCGAUAUUUUCACAAAUAAUAAUGUAGACUCUCAAUUACAAAUUAUAAAAGAAGAAAACGAUAAAAUAACUGCGGGAAUAAAAAUAAAAAUUUAUACUGGAUAUAAUCUAGAGUUAGCUACGACUACCGAUAUUCCAAUUAACGAGCCAGAAAUAAUUUAUCAUUAUAUUGAUAAUACUAAACCAUUGGUAAUAAUAAUCGCAAACACACUCGAUAGACUGAUCAAAUUGGGAUUGGAUCUAGAUACUUUCCAUCUUAUCGGUCAUUCUAUGGGAGCUCAAAUGGCUGGAUUCGUCGGCAAAUAUUCUAAAUACACUUUACCUCGUAUUACAGGACUAGAUCCUGCGGGUCCGGGGUUCUACUUCACAACAGCUGAACACAUUAAUGAUAAGAGCGCAAAAUUCGUUGAUAUUUUACAUACUGACGGUGGAUUUUAUGGCGCUUUGGAAAAUACUGAUUUAUGUAAUCACUGGAGAUCCUGGAGAAUUUACGCAGAAAGUAUAAAAGAUCCUUAUGCAUUCCCCGCUGUUAAAUGUCCGUCUUACCGUGAUUACUCAGAAGGCAAUUGCAAAAACAACGACGUU